CCUCUCUCUCUCAUUGUGUUUACAGCCUUGGAGAGAGUUGCAUAUCUGACAUUUCUCUCUCAAACUCCAACCAGCUCUGUUCUCAUCUGAGAGAGAGAAGAGAAGAGAAGAGAAGAGAAGAGAAGAGAAGAGGAGAGGAGAGAAGAGUUUUUGUUCUGUAACCAGGAACCAGUCCUCUUCAGGCCAGGGUGCCUAAGACACCUGACCUGAGCUGACCUCCAGACAACCAGCAGCAGUUUGACUCCCUGACUUCACCUCCUUAAAACCAGCCUGACCAGCCCAGUCCAGCUCCUCUCAGUCUAAGCAGGCCCAGCAGUCUGACUCACUUCUCUCCUCUCUUAAUCCAACCAAUCAAAAUCUAACCACUCCGCUGUCUCCAUGGAGCGUGUUCAGCACAUGACCAAGUCGGCCAUCCGCCGAGCGUCUCAGAUCGAGGUGAAUCCACAAGCCAAAAGGAACCUGCAGGAGCUGUUUGUCAACUUCACCCUCAUCCUCAUCUGUCUGCUUCUCAUUUACAUCAUCGUCCUGCUGAGCAGCUGAGAGCAGCAGAGCUAGAGAGAGUUUGGCGAGGCUGUACUGUGGAAAAGGGUUUGGCUGAAAUAUGGGUUUUACUGAUAAACACAGAUCAGAUUUCAUCCCCAUAUAUCAGCCUAACUCUGUUUGACAACAGCCAUGAAGAAGGAUCAUGGCCAAACUCUCUCAGUUCAUGGCUGUGGCUGAGCUCAAAGAAGAUGUUUCUGUGGGAGCUGAUCAAGGAUCAGCUUCCCUGCCUGUCUUUCUCAAGGGAAUGAUCAAAAGUGACCCGACUACAACAGUUUAAACUUCACUGAUAUACUGUAUGCAUGUAUAUCUGCCUGCUGCUCAUUCAGAUUAAUACCAUGCUUACAUUACAAUGUGCUGAUAAGUCGAUUUACAAAGGACAGUGAUUCCCUCCAUUCAAGACAUCCGGAGCUACAAUGUCUCCUGCAUAAGUAAUAACACGUGCAAUGUGUGUAAUACUGAAAUAUCAAUAUAUCACUUUUGUUUAAUUUCUAUUUCCCAUGAAUCCUGUUCCUUCCUCCAGCCACCACCCCCACCAAGAGGAGAAAGAUAAACAUGCUGGAAAUGAUUUUUCCACCAGCAUUUUUACUUCCUCCUUUGUCUGCCACUGCCAGAACCCACAGACAGACAGUAGAUAGUGACACUAGGUUUCUCUAGAUCUUGAAAUGUGACUGCGGCCAUUUUAGUGGGUAUCAGAACAUAAAAAUCCAAAUUUGGCAAGAAGAAACCAGGGCGGGAAAGCAGCAAAGACAACGGCUGAUUCCAAAAGGCUCAGUCAAUUAAGUAGAUCACACUUGGAGCACUUCUACAGCAUGUAUUGCAUACUUAAAAACAUAAGACGACAAGUGGAUUAUGACUAAGGUACAUUUUGGUAAAAAAAACAUCCAAUCACACAGCUGAGGUUAUGAUUACACUGUUAAGAAAACUGAUGAUGCAACCAGCAGCACUAAUGAAUUCACAUUUUGGAUAUAUUCAGUACCUUUAGUGCAGUGUUGGACUGAAAAGGUUUUAAUUCAGUACCGCUCCGAUUCACCACUCUUCUGGCUUCUUCUCCAUAGCAACAGCAGCAGAGACCCAUGGGUACCGUAGUAUUCGGAGCCAUCUGCCCUGCCAAACUAACAUAUAAAACAUGGCAGUGAUGUUGAAAAGGCUACACAAAUGACUAUUAAAUACGUUUAACUGCAGAGGGAAUUGGAAAAGUCACAUUUGACCCAAUCUUCCAGUAAGUUGAUGACAGUUGUGCUAACCCACAAUUCUGUAGCAUGUUUGAUAUUACACUCAAAUAAUGAGAAUCGUUCUUACUCAACAUACAACACUUAGAAAUCGUUGUGAAGUAUUGUCGGCCUUGGAGUAUAGGCUGAGUGCAGAAGUAUGGACUAUUUUGCUUUCGAUUCAGAGAUCAGUGUACACUAGUUUGGAAUAGCUGAAGACUGUCACACACUCUCUGACAUAGUAAGCCUGGCAUACAGAACAUGCAGUUUAUCAGUGAAGAAAACUUCACUUUGCAUGGUGUGAUAUCACUUAAUGGCAUUUUGUGUUUAUGCCCUUUAAGUUCUGUAUCUGUUUAGUUAUUAAAGCUAUUACUGAUGCUGACAAUUUUGGUUGAUUAUAGCACAAGCACCCUGAUUAUAGCAUCAAAGGUGUAGAAAAUAAACUAUAAAGUCAGAUCUGAAGUGCAUUAUGUCGAGAAGAAUCUAAUAUAAUAAUAUAACAACUUACCAGCCACAUUUACAUAUAAUGCAUCUUCACUAUAUUUACCAUGAAUGAAAAUGUAAAAAAUAUAAUUCAAAUUUACAUUUAUUGACAAAUCAUUGAAAAAAAAAAAUGUAAUUUUGUUCUUUUAUGUAUGUUUGGAAGAAGCUACCAAAUAAAUUGCAUGACAAAAAUUGUGCUUUUUCAUGAUGCACAUGAUGCAUUAAUUGUUAUUUAUUGCAUAUCACAAUUUUACAUUUUUGUAAAAUUUAGAUUUAGAUGUUGAAGUACAGGUCUUGUCACUGGGUACAGCCUCAAAGGAUUUGGUCUGUCUAUGGGUAUUUGAAGGUGAAGUAACUGUGCAGAUAGCCAAUGGUCCAAAAUAAUAAAACACACAUUUAUAUGUCAACCAGCUGUUUUACAAACCACAACCCUGGUGUUUUGAUGCACUCUCACCAUCAUAACUGUAAUUUUCAGACACAGCAGGCAGCUGUUUUUGACAAAAAAAAAAAGCUCCAAAUCCAACUGUGCAACACCUGCCCAGCACCAAACAUGAGACAAAGUUAGAAAUUGGCUGGUGGACAUAGAGGAGCAUUUGGCAGCUAAAGAGCCAUUUAUUUUGACUCACAUUCAUCGGGUGGCCAGAAACAUAGCUCCCAACUAUUUUCAUUUAUUUAUUUUUGGGGGAAGCAGAAAUUAUUAUUGUUACAUUACUUCCAUCUUUUGGAGUUUUUUUGUUUCCAUUUCCUGCAAAUAUCAGGUCAGACAAGUAGCUAGCUAACACCAAACAAAAAUAAUUAGCCAACAUCACAUUAGGCUAGCUAAUAAUUUAAAACUGACUCACGUGUUAGCCUUGAUGUGAGAAUGAUUGGAAGUCCACGAAUGCGCUAAACUUCAGACGAAGCCCAAAUAGUUUUCAUUCUUCACCAUUUAACAUUUUUAAUUUCAGUUCAGUGCUGUUAAAAACAAGUUAACAACUAUAUCCCCACCUUUAGUUUCCUCGGGAAACUUUUGGCUAGCGAAAAUCGUCACGAAUUCCCCUUGGUAAAAUCCAGUAGCUUCGUUAAAGGAACAGCCAAUCACAGAGCUCCCUGAUAUUUUUUCUGCCUAGCAACUAGCCAAGGACAAUCCUGAUAGAGCGAGACGCUGGAGUAGUUAUUUUUCUUCCUGUACUUGAGUUUUCCAAUAAAGAUAAGUUGAGGAGAUGUUAGGAAGGUCAGUUCUGACUUUAAAACAUCUUAAUUCUGUAGUAAAUUAUCUUGUGAAUAUAUUUAUUAUAUUAUAUUUUAUUCUCUCUCUCUCUCUCUCUCUCACACACACACACACACACACGCAAAAUAAAGGAGUGCAACAGUAGGCUUUAUCUCACAAUCAUAAUUUUACUGUUCCAUAACAUACAACAGAAAUGAUACAAAUAUAAAUAAAUAUUGUUAUUGUUAUAAUUGUUAUAUAUUUUUACUUCAAAAAUGGCAAGACAGACAUUAAAUAAUAUGUCACAAGGGUGACAUCCAAUCACUUUCAACUCAGCUCAUAACACAAAUUGCAAUGCAUUUACUAUUUCAGUUUGGGUCUUCAAAUUUACAGAUACAACAAUCUUUUUCUGCAAUUAUGGAAGAACUGAGUUGAAAGUGAAAUGAACUGAGCCCUGGUCUGUAUAUCGUCACAUAAAAAAUCAACUAAUCAGACAAUUAAUGUUUUAACAAGUUGCAGUUCCUGUGGUUCACUGAUGGCCAGCUGAUUUCAGUGUUGCUAAAAAAAAACAUCUCUGUCAUUUUGAAAGGUUACAACAAUGGGGUAAUGAUGCAAAAAGGUCAUGUGAUUCUAAUUCUCCUUUAAAACAACAGGCAGGUAAGAUGCAAGUUAGAUAAACACAUGGAUUAAAUCAAACAAUACAUACAUAAAUAUACCAACAAAUCAGUAUAGAAAGAAAAACAAAUAUGUGAAUGGGAACAAUUAUAUAAAAAUGCAAAAAUAAACAAAUAAAUACAUUUUCUUCCAUUUUUGCAAAUAUCAAACAUGUAAGCAAAUCUCAACGUAAAGGAUCAUACCAGUGUUUUUACAUGUCUAUUAAUUAGAGACUGUUUUCUGAAAUGUUGCCCUAAAAGGGCUCAGGGAAAAAAAUGGAAAUUUGAACAUAUAGAAAUUCUUUGACAACUGGGAAAACUCCCUUUGCUGAUGAAGCUCAUGUUAUAUGACUGAAAGCUCCAGAGCAGACCUUUUAGUGAUACUUACUGUGGCAACACAUCACAGUGAAAAUCAUGUCUGCUUUUAUUGUUGUCAAAUUUAAAAUAAAUAUGAUUUCGACAACAGAGCCACAUUAUUGAUAUUAUUAUUAUUAUUUUUGAUUAUUGAUAAAGAUAAAGAAUAUAGAUUACCUAUUUGAAGCCAAGUUUCAAGCUGAUUUGUAAUAUAUAGUGAAAUGAGUAGAAACCAGUGGCUAGAAAAAAAUAUUAAAAGUGUGAAACACAACAGCAAGUUUAUCGUUUCAUGGAUUUACAUAUGCAAAAACACUGGAAUGGUCCUUUAACUAUAACCAUUAGAAAGGGUAGUCGCCCAGAAUGUGCUUCUUAAUUUCAACUGGGGAAACAGUGUCACCCUUGUACUGGAUUCUUUUAUUUUGCCUCAUGUCAAGUACGGUGAAACUUGUUUUUACAAGACAAGUAUGUGAAAUUAAAGUAGCGGCAGUAAAAUCGGAUGUGAUUGUGAGAAAACAUAAUAUUAAUUUAAAAAAAAUAGAAGAAAGCAAAAGACUUCUGCACUGUCUGAUGCAGAUGUCUAAGCUAAAAUGUCAAUCUUUAACAUAGUCGUUUGAAUAAAUAUAAUUUUCACAGUGUGCAUGGAAGAAUGAACCAACUGUGGUUCAUUGUUGGGCCGAUUCCAGAGAGGAUACCGUCGUCUGUUUUUAUUGGUCCAUUGACUUUGCCGGGGUUUGUCACAUUACAGAUCAAUAUUUACAAAUACACCAUUUAAUAUACUGUAUAGGUUUGGAUGACAUUCAGCUUAACUAUCAUCUCAAUGUCAUGAUGCUGCAUUCAUGUCAUAAAGGAUAGCUGGACAUUAAGAUGCCACGUUAAACGUUGUCUGUAUACUUGUACAAAACAGGAGAUGAAAAGUGUUGAUUUAGUUGAGAUUUGUACCAUAUCUCCCAUAUGACACAAAUACAGGCAUGUCUGCGAGAGGCUGUGUCUUAACCUGGCUUCAGGAAGUGUUUCCUUCUUCACUUAGUUCGGUUUGUUCUAGGAAACAUGCUGAGUGAAUAGAGAAGAUUUCACACACUAGGAUCGGCACAGUCUGAUUACACGCAAGCUUUCAGCCACAGACUCAAACAGAAGGAACGAACACUGAGGUGUAUACAGCAUAGAGACACUCCAGUAAUCAACCCUAAUGCAAAACACGUGUGUAACACUGACACGAGAUCACACUCAAGGGUCGUGUCGUAUUAUGACACAAAGGUAAAGCACAUUUAAAACAAUGAUGCAGAGAAAACCAUUAAACAAUUAUACAUUUUAUAUUUCCCCAAAUGUUAAACUAUUUAAAUAUAUGCAUCCUUAAUCCUCCAUUCUAGUCGUCCUCACGUGUCAUAAGACUACAAUAGCCUUAAGUAUGACUUCUUUUUCAGGGAUACACAGAUGUUUUGCAGUUUUCUUUUACUCUACUUACCUUGUACGGACUAAAGGUCUAUGAUCUAAAGCUUGUAUGAAGUUAAGUGUGCAUGUGCAGACUGUAAACAUGUGAUUCAAUGACUCUGAGCACAGAGGGCAAAGACACAUUCGUAUCACAUCGUGGCACCAAUCAUUUAAAAACAAAAAUGUUAUUAUCUUGGAUUUUGGUUCCAAAAUAAUAAUCAUAUCACUUUAAAUGUUCUUCUAUGAACAUUAUUUACAGGGGCUGAAAAGGAACACACUGCAGUCCAAUGCGAUCCAAUACAGGCCAGCAACAGAGUGGUCUCUGUGGUGGGAUUGUAUGGGAUUGCAUCAUAUAUAAGUGUCUAUGAUACUGUCUGAUCCAUAAAUGCAAACAAGUAAAGUACAAACACUUCCUGAACCUCAGUUGAUCCUGUUAUGGAAGACGAGCAUCGACUGAUGCUGUAAUGUAACUGAACGUGUUUGUUGUUGAACGGACCCCGGUGGUGUCAGUGUGACAGGAAGUAACCCCUCAGGCCUCAUGUCUCUCUGUCCACAUCCAACAGAGCGUCUUUCAGGUUGAUGAUGACCAUGCAGUUUGGAAACUGUACAGGUUACUGAAUGGACUUCGCGGACCUUCAGGUCAUGAAAACUACUCUACACGAAAACUAUGUAAACUUUAGAGUCAAGUUAAAAAACAGACAGUACACCAAAAACUGGAGAUAUGAGGAUUCAAGUGAGUGACAGCAGCAUUAUGAUAGUGUUUCUGUUUUCACAUGCUCUAAGGUCUGCCCCACAGGCAGAGACACACAGCAAAGAGUUCAGUCACCGCCAUGAACUCCUAGCUUGUGAUGAAAUUAAGUGUUUGACUAAACCCUCCUUGGCGUUAAAAAAGUUCCCUAGGAGUCGAUUAACGUCUGCAUGUCGCUGACAGAACUCUUCCUCUGUAUGUCCCUGAUCCACUGGCAUCACAAACAGACCGUAGAAAAACAGUAGCUUGUUAGAUUAUAAAUACUAGAAUAAUAAAAAUAUGAGGGGUGCUUGAUUCAGUUGAUCUAGAUGUUUCCCCUCCAGAGACCGUUGAAGCGUCUGGAGUGGUAAAUCAAGCGCCCCUCAGCUAGUUCAGUGAUUUGAAAAUGACUUUCAAACAUUUACUGUAUGUACACAGUCAAAGCACUGGGACAGCAAGCUAAAGUUAGUCUUUAUUGCUGGUGUCGUUACUGUGGUAUAGCGUAAUUUGUCGUACUGUAGAGGCCAAAAAAAAAAACGACCAGAAUCAGCAGCUAGCUUUGUCCUUUUUCCUCAAAUACAUGUCUGAAUGAGAAAUA